AGCCCGAUUCAUAUUGCUAAGUUUUCAAUCUUCAUUACCUUCAUCAUAAAUAAACAACAAUUUCAAUUCCUGUCCUAAUAGAACACAAACUCAACCAAUAUGGUUAUGCCUAUUCCUUUCUUACUUUGCUCUCUUCAAAUUCUCUUAAUCAUAACUUUAAUAUCUCAAACAAUAGCUAUACUUGUAUAUGACAAUAUAAACAAUUCCCACUAUAUUUGUGAUCAAAGCAACAACAAAGCUAACUACACAGCCAAUAGCACCUAUCACAAAAACCUCAACACACUCUUAACCACUCUCACUUCCAACACAGAUAUCAACUACGGUUUCUACAAUUUUUCAUUCGGCGAAAACAACGACAGAGUCUAUUCAAUUGGACUCUGUCGUGGUGAUCUUUUGCCGACUGACUGUCGCCGUUGCCUCAGCGGCUCAAGAUCAAAUCUCACAAGUAUCUGUCCAAAUCAAAGAGAAGCAAUUUUUUGGUCCGAAGACGAAAGAUGUAUGUUGCGUUACUCCGACCGGUUAAUACUAGGUGUCAUGGAAGAUGUUCCUAUGUUUUAUUCAAAUAACUUGGAUGAUUCAGUUGAUGUUAAUUUGUCUAAUGAAGCGGUUACAACUUUGAUGGAUAAUUUAACAAGUAAAGCUGUGAAAGGUGAUUCUAGGACUAAAUAUGCUGCUGGAAGUUUACCUGGUUCGCAGUACGAGGUUAUAUAUGGUUUGGUUCAGUGUACACCUGAUUUGUCUGAGAAUGAUUGCAAUUCAUGUUUGGUUGAGAAUCUUCAACAAAUUUCAGGUUGUUGUAAAGGUAAGAUAGGUGGAAGGGUUGUUAGGCCAAGUUGUAACAUGAGAUUUGAAACAUCUUAUCUUUUUUAUGAACCUCAAGCAUCCCCGCCAUCCCCGCCGCCGUCUCCUCCGCCUAACACCACCGGAAAAAGCAAUAAGAGUAGUACAAUUGGCAUUGCUGUGGCGGUCCCAGUUGCUAUUGUUGCUUUGAUCUUCAUUUUUCUAUGCAUCUAAAUUAAUUCUAUUAAAUAUUGUUAUAGAUAAGUUUGUGUAUAAUGCAUGACUUUGAAUUUAUCAAAUUGCAGUUAGAUAAUGCAAAAGGUUAAUAUCUAUUUUCACCUCUGUUAUAUUGGUUUGGAUUGAAAAAUUCCCCUAUCGAAAAAGAAGUUGUAAAAAUGACCUCAAUUAAUUUUAAAAGUUUCAUUUUAGUCUUUUAUUAGAUCACAUUAUCAAAAAGUCUAAUGUGAUCAGUGACGUUCUUGUUGGGAGCUGAAAGGGGCCGUAGUACUGCACCCCUAAAAAAAAAGCAAUUUUUCUAAUAUAAUACUGGUUGAUCAUUAUUAAUUAUUAGAUUUCUAUUAGAUU